AGGAAGUAAGAACAGUACUCAAGUGGCAGGAGAUCCUGGCUGCGACUUCAGUUUACAGCUUGACACGGCAGAGUAAUGGAAAGCAGUUUAGAUUUGACACCCUUUGGCAGCAGUUGAUCUCCAACCCUGUGGCCUUAGCAAAGCCUCAUACUUUCUGCAGACCUUUGCUCUUGGAAGAAGCAGCUCCAGUGUCAAGAUGGAAGAAAGUUACAAGGAAGCCAGUUCCUGUUUCAUUUAGGAUAAAUUGUUAACAAUGAAAACUAGGUGAAAAGCAAAAUCCGCUGCCUAACAAAGGAGGAGCUUGACGCGUGGUCAGUGGUGGGGAAGUUUUAAGGUGAAGUGUCGCUGGACACUUGAGCUGGUGAUUUCCAAUAUCGGCUUUACAUCAGCUUUACCUGAAAUGGCUUUCCACACCAGUGUUGCCUGGAAUGUCAGAAGAUUGACAGCAGUCAUAUUUUGGAGCAUGCUCCUACAGUGGCAGUGUACCAAAGAAAAGUUGUGAAGUACCUACCCGCCACCAAGCACAGUGUGCUGCAGGGUGCCUCCGAAGGAUUUUGUCAUGUGAACUCUUUCUGAAUUUCAGUCCGCUCUUUCUAGAAAUGCAAAUAAAGAAGAUGAAGGAUAUUGGAGAGCCUUCGUACGCUACCCCAAUGAAUGGCACACAUAACUCCUUGACCCUGUCACCCAAACACCCUAAUUCUAACAGAGCAACUCGGCCAGACAGACAAGAAGCACAGGCCCUUUUGUAUCAGGGCUCGGAGGCGGAGGCUGCCAUGAUGACUAUUGCAACAUGUGCAAAGUGCAGAAGUGUUCACAAAGUCCCUCUUCAAGAUUUGAAGAAGGGUCCUGGGCAAGGCCAAACGGAAGACGGAUAUGUCUGCCUCCCAUGCAGCCUUCAGACGGCUCCUCCCCAUUUUCACUUCAUGAAUGGGGAUCCCAGGGCCACUCAUGUUGGAAACAAAACCGAAGCCAUCUCGAGUCCCAUCAAUAACAAAUUCAAGGUGAGGAACUUUAAGCCAGGCAAAUACUACUGUGAUAAGUGCCGGUUUUCCACCAAGGACCCACUGCAGCACAGGAAGCACACGCUGCAGCACGAGGAGAUCAGAUUCAUCUGUUCCCACUGCAGCUACGUCUCCUACACAAAGGGGGAGUUUCAGAGGCACCUGGUGAAGCACACGGGCAUAUUCCCUUAUCAGUGUGAGUACUGUGACUAUGGUGCUAUUAGAAAUGACUACAUUGUCAAGCACAGGAAGAGAGUCCAUGAGAGGGCUGGUGCUAAGAGACCUCUCAAAACUGCCACCAAGCUGGACCCAAAAAGAACUAGCAUUUCCAGACAGAACAUAGAGCUCUUAAAGGCCCCUAGCCUAAGGACCGCAUUUCAGAACAGGUUGUCGGAUCAGCUCUCAAGAUUCUCUCUUCAUGCUAAUAAAGACAAAAUUCACAAUAUCCUAUUGCUACCUGAAUCAAAGGAAUACCAGAAAGAUGUUGUGUGUAUUCCCAAUCAAAUGACCUUACCCGAGCCAAAUGAAGUUGGUCUGUUUGAGAACAAAAGCGUUGAGGUGGAAGUGUUAUCUCCUUCAAAGGAACCCGUUCAACCCGGUGUGCCACUGACGGUCGUGGCCCCGGCGGAGCUAGUUGUCCCUGCAAACUGUUUAGCCCAGUUGAUGGACGUGAAGGUUGUCAACGGCACACAGCAGCUCCUUCUCAAACUGUUUCCACUGGAGGAAAAGAGUCACCUGGAAGCUGGCAGUGGCGAUGGAGGCGAUCCAGAGCAUGUGACUAAAGAGAAGUGUUCAAAGGAGCCAGAAAAUGUAUUUUCUGCAGAAAAUAUAAAGUCACUAGCAAUAGAAGGGAACACUGGAAGACUUGUAGGUGUAGAUAACCUUCGGUCUUCAGUUCAGAGACAACUGAAAGAUGUGAAGUGGGUGAGGUCUUGUGAUCUUGUGUCUGGCUCCCGUGUGCAGGAUCACAGGGAACACCUUCUCAGUUCUGAUGGGGUUGAGAAUUUGCAGACAAGGAAUGAUUUGUAUUCACAUAGGACCGCUCUUCCUUUUACCUCCUUAAAAGGUCACUCUCCAGCCUCUGUCUUGAAAAGUGGUGCCAUGUGUGGUCUCGGAGCUGCUUCAGACCCUUUUCCUUCUAAAGCUGCCGAUUCUUUCACAAAAGAUGGAAGAAAUGUGCACAGUGACUCUCAGCCGUUAUUUCAUCUGGCUCUGACACCUCCAGCCACUUCCUUCUUUGGGGAAAAGGGCUUACUACCUGCAGUCAGUCAGAGUGACUUGGAACCUGGAAGUCAGAGCAAUGUUCCUGCUAAAAUGGCUUCCUCUCCUGGGAAGCUGGAAGGUGACCAGGCAGAGGACAAGGCAGCUUCAGAUCUAAGCCAGACCUCCCCUUCACAGGAGAGUGAGUAUUUAUACACAGAUAUGACCAGAGGGGAAGACGGAACUAGAUCUGAGCCUGGAGGCGACCCUGGGGAAUUGAAGAAUUCUGAAAGGACCAGUGAGACUUCCGAGGGCCCUGUCAUCUCAUCAGUAUUUUCUCUGAGCUCUGGGUCUGAAAAUGUCCCAGAGGGCAUUAAGUGGAAUAGUUCAACAUCCAAAAUAAAGUCAAUUGAACUCUUACGCAGAAAGAUCGCCCAGCUGAUUGAGUCCUGUGGCAAGCCUUCGUCUUUGUCUGCAAAUAGUGCACGGGGUCGGUCCACGUCAAAGGGAACCUCCAAAGCAACACCUGAAGGCAUUCAGGACAUUAACUUGUCACUUCCUGGCCCAGGCACUUCCACAGGUCCCCUCCAGACACCUCAGAAUGAAGAUGAUGUCACUGGCAGUGGACAGCUUGCUCAUCAGCAGGUCUAUCCACAGUUUGCUAAUGGCAGUGAGGGGAACACUGAAAGCAGAGGGACCAGGAAGGCUCAUGUGGCCACUCCAGUGCUGAUCCCCAAAGGGGCCGUGUUGAGGGUUCUCAACUCCUCUGAGGAUGCCCACAUCAUAGAGGCUACCUGCGACGCACCUGUCGGCAUACCUUGCAGCAAAGCACAGUUACCAAAACCAGCUCCUUACUGCCCCAUGAAACAGACAGACUCAGACUUGCAGCCUUUGACCAGUGACAGUGGGCCAAUCGACAUGUCCCCAGGUCUCGAGACAGCUCUUCGGCCUAAACCAAGAAAAGAGGAUGCUAUGUGUAGCGCCAUCCCUAGGAAAACUGGCCCUGGGCCUGGACAGCAUGGCUGUAGUGACCUGAGGAGGCCAGGGAGACUGCUGUCCAGGAGUCUUCCAAUGAGUAGGAAUAAAACCAGGCAAGUGAAUUCAUCCAAGAAGAAAAGCAAACUUCAGGCCAAUGCCAACCGCUGCCUCAAGGAUCCUUCCGUUUUUCAGGUUGCCAGACAGCUCCGACUGAUGGCCGCCAAACCAGAUCAGUUGAUUAAAUGCCCCCGUCGGAACCAGCCAGUCAUCGUGCUAAAUCAUCCUGAUGUGGACUCACCAGAAGUGACCAAUGUGAUGAAGGUGAUCAAUAAGUACAAGGGCAACGUCCUCAAGGUGGUUUUAUCAGAAAGGACAAGGUGUCAGCUUGGCAUUCGACGGCAGCACAUGCGACUGACCUACCAGAACGUGGAGGAUGCCAAUCUGCUCAAAAGGCAAAUGAUGUUGAAAAUGAAACUGAAAAAGGUUCAUAAAAACAACUACCAGGUGGUGGACUCCUUGCCCGAUGAUUCGUCCCAGUGUAUAUUCAAGUGCUGGUUUUGUGGGCGGCUGUAUGAGGACCAGGAAGAGUGGAUGAGUCAUGGCCAGCGGCAUUUGAUAGAGGCAACUAGAGACUGGGAUGUUCUUUCUUCCAAGGGCAAAUGAGGAAAGAGUGGUCUUUGAAGUGAUUUGCUUUUCUUUUUAAUUUUUCUGUUUGGGGGAUGAUUCCCCCAGAUUCAAUAGGAGAAAUGCAGUCUAGGGGGAUGAGGGUUGUGGAUUCUUCAGAUCCCUGUGGAAAUGUGGAUUCUUCCCCAGGACAUGUCUGGACUCUGGGAGGUAUUUAAAGCCCCUGAAAUUGUGCGCGCACAAAUGGAUGUACAUGCAUUUUUCUGGAGAAAGGAUGUGAAGUUCUCAACAGAUUUUCAGUGGGGUCUAAGACCUCUCUUUGUUUAGUAUCCAUUUUUCUGAGUAGAUACAAAUCUUUCAUAUUCCAGUUAGGAGGAGCAAGUUUAAAAUAAUUUACACCUGCUCCUUAUAUAAAUGCUACUGAAGAAUUAAAUCUACGUUUCGGUGUGCAUUUCCACUUUGUUUCUGCUUUAACUCCUCUCCUGAAUAUUUGGUACAUAAUGAGAAUUAUAUUUUCUACUGUAUUACUUGUUUUAAAUUUAUUUUUUAAAAAGUUGACAUAUUGGUCCUGGGAGUAUAGCGCAGUGGUGCACAAGACCCUGGCUUCCAUCAUCAGCACUGCAAAAAAAAAAGGAUAGUGGGAAUGGCAUUCUUUUUAACCCCUCCCCACUCUGUAGUACUCUUGAGUGUGUAUGUGUUGUGGAGUUGUGCUCAUGUUGUCUAUUUUAAAGAACAGUUCCAAGGGUUUGCCUGCAUUUACUAUUUCAACAACAGGCAUUAUGAAACAAAAGCAAAUAUUUCCAAGUGUUAGCUUUUGCUUUCUUUUAAAAAUCCUGAAUUGUAACAAUUGGAUAGGGAAUGUGCCUUCUAGGGGAGGGGGGAUUUUAUGAAGGAAAAGAUCUAAAGUCAAGUCCCCUUAAAACUCCCACAAGCAUAAAUUAAGUGACCAGUUCAAAGGUGAAGGGAGUGGCUUCUUACAGCAGAGGUGGACCCUGGGAUGACAGCUCAGGGUGACUGGGGAAGUACCUUGGGAAGGGGCGAAGUGUUCACUUGGGAACUCGUCCUGAGACGGGGUGCAUGCUGCCUGCUGUCCUGGAUCACUGGAGUCAGGGACACCUCUCCAAGGUCAGACUUUACUCUCUUUGGCCAUUUUUUCUGAAGAGGCACAGUUUUUCCUCAUGAAACUUAGUAGAAGCUGUCAGGAAUCACCAAAAUGGAAGGGACCCCCCCCCGCCCCAUUACACACUUGUGUUUGUCAAGGUGGUAGCAGACACUCCCUGGUUUUCAGUGCAACAAUCUGCCCCCAUCUGUCUUCUCCACACGUGUUCUCUUGCUCACCUCUCCUGGGAGAAGAUCAGUCCUUCUACCCACAGACGCCUGCACUGUGCCUGAGCUGCAAAGCACCUUUGCACACAUUAGGAGCAGCCCCGCCCUUGCAUAAGCCUGGCUUUCAGGCAGAUGGACAGCUGUAAACAUCCCCCAUGGCUGGAUUUUAGUCCUCUCAUGCCCAGGAGGAGAGCUGACCUUCAGGCAGGACACAGAUGGUGCAGUAAUGACCCUUCCCCUUCAGGAAGGGCCUGCCUCGGGGUGGUUAACAGUGCAGAGUGGAACUGGGGCAGUACAUCUGGAAAGGACACCAGGGAUUUCUGACUUACCAGGUUGUCAAUGGAGACUUCCUGAUUUUUCCCACAUGGGAAAGUCUCAUAUGUGGGAUUGUACUCCUCUGAAGUUUGUUCUCAUAGAUAAUCAGCAUUUCUUAGGUAUAAUUCAAUACAUGAUCAUUAAGUUGAUUAAUUGGCUAAUUUUUAUUGGAAUUUAAAACUUGCAUUUUUUAUAUAUGUGUAUAUAUGUGUGUGUACACUUAUAAAUAUUUUUUACCACAUGGAAGUUGCAAUAGCUACUUUUCUGAUUUCCUAUUUUAUAAUGAUAUGUGGGCUGGGAAAAUGUAAAACAUUUUUAUAUUCUAGAAAUAAUUUAUUUUGGAAGUACAUUUUUAUAAUGGUUUGAUCUCAUUUUUAGAAAAUGAAAGCACAGUAUGUGAUAGGAUCUAAUUUAUAUGAACAAACAGGAGUGGACACCCCUGUGAAUCAUUUUAUUAUGACAUUUAGUUGUUAGUCUUUUUUUAUUUGGUGCUUUGUGGUAAGUGGCUUAUGUGAACCAGCAUCACAUAAGAGCAUUCUGAAACCUUAUCCAUGUUACACCGUACACCCCUCUAGCGUAAAGAAACCUAAAAUGUGGAGAGAAGGGAAGAAAAUGCUGUGACUUUUACUUUUAUCUUCGAUACCUCACCACUUAGUAGCUUCUUCCUGAAAGGGCCAGCCAAGAGCUAGCCCUGGAUCUAUCUGCUCAGAGUGUUAAGUGUCCACGUGAAAUAUUGACCUUUGACAGCACUGACUGUUGUUCAAGUAUUAUCUAAGCCACAAGUCGAGUACUUGUGUGGAGUUGAAUUUUGUGAGUAGAAUAUGUAGCAGACCUUUUCGGGACAUUUGGAACUACGUACUUAAGGAGUUCAAAGUGUUCCUAGAAUUCAUAGAAAAGGGGAAACAAAAGUGGCUGUCUUCCCUAAAUAGCUUUAGAAAAUAGCUUAUUAACAUGUAGGUAAAUGUCAUGAGAUAAACAAGUUUCUAACAGAAUUGGAGGGAGUGGGCAGGACAGUGUUGAAUACUCUUUCCCUUGAUUUUGAAGGAUCUCCAGUCACUACAUUUUAUUAAUAGUACUAAUAAAAUUAUUUUAAACUUAUUUUUUAAAGUAGGCUUUUUUACUUUUGGGGACCAGAAAUAGGCAAACUUGUUAUAUUUGUUAUAGGCAAAUAGAGUAAAAAUGUAAAAAACAAAACAAAAACACUAAAUAUGCUCCUAACAGAUUAUAUUUUAUUCAAAUUUUUAUCCCCAGUCCAAAACAUUUGGUGAGCCCUUACACAGAGCUGAACUGAACACAAGGUACUUAGCCUCGAAAGCCCCAUUGCUCUUUCUUUAGGACUUCUCUAAGCCAUCCCAAAAAAUAAAGACGUGAUGCUGCUCCACCUUUUGAAUCCGUGAAUGUCUAUUUGAUCGGAAAACAAAACUUUGUAUAACAAGUUAAGCAUUAUUAUAAUUCCUGGGUUAACAGUUUGUGUGUCUGCUGCUCUGGUUUUGAAACACAUUUGUAUAUAGAUAGAGAUGUCGGAGUAAGUUUUGUUAAAUAAAGCAACUGUACCAUUUUCUCUGCCCUUGAUUUCACAUGUUAAGCAAGGUGGCCAUUGCACAGCCUGUCUAUGAUGCCUGUCUGGAUUACAUGAGGUGAAGGAAUCAAUCUGUACAGCCCAAGAGCUUUGAAUUCCACCGAGUGCUUGGAAUCGGGCACUGCUGGUUAUUCGUGCAUACCCUGAGGUGAAGCCGGUGACUUUGUUGUGUUUUGUCUUAAAUUUCAAGUGAUGUGGUUUGGAUGGUGGUGGGAGGGGAGAGGCAGUUUUCCUACCAUGCCCAGUGGCUUGGCAGAGAAGGAAUCUGCACACUUCACCCCCUCACAUGUCUGGCCUCUCAAGUCAAGGGGCACGGGUGGAAGGUCCCUGAGCCCACUGGCCCUGGGAGUGUCUGCACGGUUGAGUCACCUGUCCAGACAUACCUGACCCCUGUACCUGAAUCCACACAUACUUGGGAAGAAGGGCAAUUAGGAUAUUUGAAGAGUGUUCUUAAUGUUCCUGUCUUACUCCCAGGUCCCAGUCAAGGGACAGGAAAUGUCAGCAGAGCCUGAGGAUGACAGGAGGGCUGCUUUGCUUCGUUUCAGCAAUCUGGUCCAGUGGUGUUUGUGUGAGCUGAAAUGAGUCGUCAUCCUGGGUCCUGUAGGACCCCGCCAUAGUGUUGUCGCCUUUGACAAGGGUUCUGGGGAAGAGUGUAGCGAUCCCAUGAGGCUUUGGCAGCCUGGAGAGAGGUCUGUUUAGGCUUGGACUACCAGGCAGGCUCAUUGUGGUGAACGGAACAGAGAACGGGCAGAAAGGACUGAGAGGCAGGACAGCUAAGAAGUGCAGUGACUAAGAAAGCUUCAUCUCGGGAGGAUUCAGAAUAGCUCCAAUUCAGCAGCUUUCCUUGGGGAUGGAGGAAGGGACAUCUAGGACAGUGUUGGGCAGGAGCACUGUGGUGCCUCUCACAUCCACAAGGCCCUGUUUGCUAUGUGCAGAGCUCUUUAUGGUCACAGCUCCACUUGCCACCAUUGCCUUAAGGUGCCGGCUCCAGGCGACCUUACUGGCAUGAGACUCCAUGCCAAGGAAUGUAGACUUGGUGCAGAGCAGCCCUGUCCAAUAGGAACACAGUGCAAGCCAGUCUGUGCCACCUGCCAUCACACCAAAAAGAACAGGUGUGAACUUUAAUAAGACCGAUUUGACCCAAUACACUUUUUUUUUUUUUUAGCAAUAUAAAACCUGGCAUGUAUUUUACCCUGACAUGUUUCAGUUUUAAUGUUAAAUCUUUCAAUUACAAUAAAAAGCAAUCCUACAACAAUCCUUGGUUAAAUCAAGUGUUUAACAGGAAGAUAUUUUACAUUGCUUUAAUUUUAAAACUAAGAUCUAGUUUCUCUGUAACCCCAGCCAAUUUCAAGUAUCCACAUUCCUGAUGGCUGCCAUGCUAAACCGCACGGGAGAAGGGGAAGCAAACUGUAAAUACCAGGGCACUUGGUGUGAUGUCUGAGCAUCUUGACAGGAAGCACUGGACUUUAUUUAUGAAUCUGAAGCUAGGGUGUGCUAGGCUGGGUUUGAGUAACGUUCAAGAAAUGCCAGUUCUCUGCCAGCUUUCUGUAUUAGUGCCCCAGCAGCCCUAUUUCUAGGUCUUUGCCCUAGAGAACUGGUGUUGCUCAGCGGACUUUAAGAGUAUCAUUUAUUUUCCAAUCCUACUUGGUCAAACAGAUUCUUAUUUCUCAUUCACACUAUAUGUCCAACACAGAUGGAUGAGGGGACUCAGCUCCCCUCAUCUGUUAGGGACCUGGGCUUAUAGAGGGUCCCUUCUCGUAACUGCACCAUCUGGACCACUUGAGCAUCUCCGUCACUAAGACAAGAGCAAGAGGAGAGGAUCCUGCACAGCUAAGAAGCAACGCACAGAUGCCCACUCCCAAUCACAGUCUCGGGAAGGGGCUACUCGGCGCCCCCAUAAGAGUAUACAGAGGAGCAGCAGCAGGGAUGAUGCCCAGCACACAUGUUGGAGAAGUAUAAAUGGUAGUUGUCCACACGGAAAGCAACUUGCCACCUGAGAGCUGUGAAAUUGAACAUUCUGAGAAGCAUUGUUGAAGAUAUGGAGAAGCAGGAACUUCAUCUUUGAAAGUGCCAAACUUGAAGAAGUACUUGAUUAGGCUCAUGUGCAGUUCCUGGAUUACUAAUGAAGUAGUGUACCUUUACAAGUGUUUAUUGGAUGUUUGGAUUUCCUGUGAAUAACCUGCUGAUAUUCUUCAUCUAGUCUCCUAUUAAAUUUGUUUUUAAACUUUAGGAAAGAAAUAUAGACUCUUAAGAACCCAUAAAGAAAAUUUCCUUUU